GAGGGUAGAGAAAACGUUCUUAAACGUUAGUCCACUUUUGCCAACGAAUCAUAUUUAUAAAACAGAAUUUAAAUAUAUGAUUAGUAUUUAUAUUUUUAACAAUCGUAAAUAAAAAAAUACCUGUUACAAUAAAAUGGAAGUUGACAGCCGAAGUGAUGAUGGAAAAAUGAGACACAGCCCAAUAAAAGACACGGAAGAUUUCAGCUUCUCAGAAGACGGAGAAGACACCACGGACUCGUUGGAAAUAAAACCACCGCAGGCAUCUCAGCGUUCAUACAAAUCAAAUUCUUCGAGAAGGCGUGAUAAUCAUUCUGGUUAUUCAGAUAGACUUGAUGAUAGAGAUCGCAAGCCGAGGCACCACGAUCGUGAAGAUCGACGGAGAGAAAACAAACACAAACACCGUAGACAUGGUUUAGAGUCAGGAUCUGAUACCAGCGUGUCCAAGAGGGACCGCGAAAGAUCUGAGCGCAGUGAAAGGUUAGAUAAUUACUCUCGCAGUGUCGUCACCAGCGAACGAGAAUUUUCUAGACAUGAAAGAAAAGGAAGAAUCAGUGAAGAUUGUGUCCUUGAGGAUUUACGCACCAGGAAUUUCUCUUCAAGAUUACUGGACAAGAGGCGAGAGCGACGAGAUGACCCAAGGGAUGUGCGUGACUAUAAAUCGGAAUCCCGUCGAGAGCUGCGUUUGGAAGAGACACGUGAACCACGAGACCGUCGAGAAAUAAGAGAAUCAAGGAUUGAAGACACACGUGAUAAGCGGGAUGAAAUUCGCGCGGAAGAACGUCGCCAAGUACGUAUCGAAGACUUGCCGUACAAUGACAACGAGUUGGAGCAAGAACGACCUAAUCGGGAGAAAAGACAUAAACGGAGUCACAAGCAUGACAGAGUACGUGACAGAGAUCGCGAGCGCGAGUACCGUGAAAAGCAGCGCGAAGCAACCAUGGAGGUUGUUGAAGAUGAAGAGGACGAGCCAAGUCCCUUGCCGAUGUCGGUUAAAGACCCGAAAGAACUCGCGGAGCAAGAGUUACGUAAAAAGAGGUUACUCGAAGCAGACCGAGAAUUAGAACGGAGGAAAGAGGCUUCUAAAGCAGAAUUAGAGGCAAGAAGACUUAAGAGAGGAGAAAAACGUCCGCACAGUCCUGCUCCAGUUUAUAGACUAAGUGACGAUGACCUCAGUCCUAUACAAUCUGACGAUGAUCAAUCAAAAUCUUCCAAAUCUCAAAGACAAUCAUCAGAAGACCGUUAUAGUAGCAAAGACAAGUCAUCUGAAAAACAAACGUCCGAUUCAUCGGAUUCGAGUAGCGAAGAAGAAGACGAUGACGACGACUCAACAGAGUCUAACAAAGGUUCCAAUGAUGAAUCAAACGAUGGUUCUGAUUACAGCAAUCCCAGCCCGAUAUCCGUCGACCGCCUUGUCAAGUCAGAUCACUCUGACGGAGGCUCUCCCGGUCGCAUCGUAUCAAACGGGACUGCCAAAGAACCCGAAGAAGUGAAGGAAGAAGUAAAAGGAGAAGAGGAAGAACCAGAGCUACCUCCAUACCUACCUGCCAUUCAGGGCUGCCGCUAUGUAGAUGAAUUUGUCAGCUUGAAUCGCAUCGAAGAAGGUACUUACGGUGUCGUAUAUCGGGCACGUGAUAAACGCACAGGCGACAUUGUAGCGCUAAAAAAAUUGAAAAUGGAUCGGGAAAAGGAAGGAUUUCCUAUUACUAGUUUAAGGGAAAUAAAUACGUUGUUGAAAGCGCAGCAUCCGAACAUUGUUACCGUCCGCGAGAUUGUCGUCGGCAGCAACAUGGACAAGAUAUACAUUGUGAUGGACUACGUGGAGCACGACCUGAAGUCUCUGAUGGAAACGAUGAAGCAGAAAAAGCAAAACUUUUUGCCCAGCGAAGUAAAGUGUCUUAUGCAGCAGUUGUUGAAAGCAGUAGCGCAUUUACACGACAAUUGGAUCCUCCAUCGCGAUUUAAAAACCUCAAACCUGCUGCUGAGCCACAGGGGGAUUCUCAAGGUCGGUGAUUUUGGAUUAGCCAGAGAAUAUGGAUCACCUCUGGGCAGAUACACUCAAAUCGUGGUGACUCUUUGGUACCGUGCGCCAGAAUUGUUGCUAAAUGGUAAAGAAUACAGCACGCCCAUCGACAUGUGGUCUGUAGGAUGUAUAUUCGCUGAGCUGAUACGCAUGGAAGCUCUUUUUCCCGGGAAAUCCGAGAUUGAUCAAAUUCAAAAAAUCUUCAAAGAACUCGGUUCACCGAACGAUCGUAUUUGGCCAGGUUACUCUAACUUGCCAUUGGUAUCUAAAAUACCUUUCGCUCAAUCUUAUCCGGUAAAUAAUUUACACCAGCGAUUCCGGCUCAAGCUGUCUGACAACGGAAUGGAGUUGCUCUGUAAAAUGCUGACUUAUGAUCCGGCUCAGCGUAUCACCGCUGAGGACGCUCUACAGCAUCCUUAUUUUACUGAGUCGCCGCUGCCGAUUGAUCCCUCAAUGUUUCCAACCUGGCCUGCUAAGUCAGAGGCCAAAGACAGAUCAGCCAUGAAAGUUAAUGCGUCUCCGAAACCUCCUAGUGGCGGCAAAGAGUACAAGCAGUUGGGGGAGUAUGAUGAAGCUGAAUUAGGUCCUGCUGUUGAUGGAUUUCACAUGGGUCUUAUGGAAAGCGGUCGCCGUAGAACUGUUCCUGCUGGCGGAGGUUUUCAUCUUAAAUUUUGAUCUCCGAUGGAUGUACAUGAUUCGAAUGACGAUUCGACUCUACUUAACAAAGCGCGUCAACGAAAUACAUUAAAGAUUGAAAUAGCUUUUAUUUUUGUCGUAAAUAAAUAAUUUUUUUAAGAUUUUAAAAAUACAAUAAAUUUCAAUUGAAAUUUGUUACUAUAUCAUGGUAUGUUCUUUACACGCCAAUUAUUUUUCUACGGCUAGUUUAAAUGUUUAAAUCUAAGUAUUGUACAAAUGGUUAAUUAAUUAAAUAUUCAACCACAAAACGCAUGUAAUAAGGUUAAAUACUAAUGAAGUCAUUUGUAAGGUACUUUAUAUUAAAGUAUCAUUUAUUGUUAUAAUUAUGUAAUAUCUAAAGUUUAUUGACAUUGUUCACAGGUUUAAGAUAACCCAGAAACAAAUCAGACUAGGUAAAAUUAUUGAAUUUAUAUAUUUGUAUUAUAAUGAUUGAAAAUAAAUGACUACUUCAAUAGA